GCGACGUUUUGUGAAUGGGGAGCGGUGGUGCGGUGCUGCCGCUCGCGGCUGACGGAGUUUGUGCGGACUGUAGCGGCGGCACGUGACGAGCUCCUACCCACAACCACCACCAUCCUCACCGCCAUCAAUCAUCAUCGCACUUUACUUAUCUUCACGCUGCAUGUGGUGGAGAUUCCUCUUGACAAGGGGUGCGGUGGGGGGUGGGGAGAACGAGGUGAGAAGAGGAGGAGCUCUUCCCGUGGCAGCCUCCCUGCUCACGGGAUGACGCUCAGAGGAGCGACUCGCGGGCACAGCGGUGCCGCUUGCGAGUGACUACCAACUCCACCUCCAUCAUCACCUCCAUCACCACCACCACCUCAAUCAUCACCUCCUUCACCAUCAUCACCUCCAUCACCACCACCACCUCCAUCACCACCACCACCACCACCUCCAUCACCUCCACCACCUCCACCAUCACCUCCAUCACCACUACCUCCAUCACCACCAUCACCUCCACCAUCACCACCACCUCCAUCACCUCCAUCACCACCACCUCCAUCACCACCAUCACCUCCACCAUCACCACCACCUCCAUCACCUCCAACACCACCUCCAUCACCACCUCCACCAUCACCACCAUCAUCACCUCCAUCACCACCGCCACCUCCAUCACCACCACCACCACCAUCAUCACCUCCACCACCACCUCCAUCACCACCAUCACCUCCACCAUCACCACCACCACCACCACCUCCAUCACCACCAUCACCACCACCAUCACCUCCAACACCACCUCCACCACCACCACCAUCAUCACCUCCAUCACCACCUCCAUCACCAUCACCACCAUCAUCACCUCCACCAUCACCUCCACCACCACCUCCAUCACCACCAUCACCUCCACCAUCACCACCACCACCUGCAGAGAGAGAGGGAGAGGGAGGCGAGCGUGGAAGGAUGCCUGCCCCGGAGGGACAUUGCCAGAGGUUCGAGGCGAACAUCUUUGACAAGAGCCGCUGCCAGAACUGCUUCAAGCCCCGGGAGCAGCACCUGGUGGCCAACGAAGACCUCGGCCAGGCGAGGCCGGUGUACGGAGGGUGGCUGUGCCUGGCUCCGGAGGGGACCAACUUUGAGAAUGCCGGACAUCGAUCACGGAAGUGGCAGAGGCGGUUCUUCGUGCUGUUCGAGCACGGGGGUCUGCAGUUCGCCCUCGACUCUUCGCCCAGCACGCUGCCCCAGGGCACGCUGAACUUGGCCCAGUGCACGGAGGUCGCGGGUGCGGAGGAGCGGACGGGACGCAAGCACUCGCUGCGCAUCGCCGCGCCCGACAGGGAGCUCUUCAUCGGAGGGGAGAGCAGGGAGGAUAUCAGCGCGUGGCACGCGAGGCUGGUGGCGCUCGCGCGCGGGAGCCGCACGAACCACGUCAAGAAGCGCAGGGCAGAGGUGCAGCUUGAGCAGGACGUGAUCGUGACCCACGCGGUGCAGGUGGACAUGUCCAUCCCGGUGGAUCCGGCGCACCGGAGCCCCAACGCGGAGAGGAUGGACCCCCCGCGGUGCUCGGUGACGCGGUGCCCGGCCGGCGUGGGCGCCCGGCCAGACCGCCCGCCCAGCGGCACCUUCUCCUUCGAGCCAGGCCGCGCACCGGGCCCACCCGGGCCCCGGCGCGACGACGGAGCCGCCGGCAACGCCGUCGCGCUCCCACAACGGCUCCCGCGGCGACGAGCGUGACCACCGCCGCCAGCUGCCUCCGUCGUCCCCGCACGGCGCCCAGCGCUCGUCGGCGGCGCCGCCGCCCCGGGAAGGCGUCUCGGCGUUACCGCGCGGCCGCUCCCCGAGACCCGGGGGCCCCGCGCCGCCGCAAGACGCCCGAGACU